AUGUCUGAUGUGGAAGACCAGACUGGUCCCCUGUGGGGCAGGCUAGGUGUUGAACAGUACUUGAUUACAAACUGGGAUCAUUCUUCUGUUGAAACGCCAGACCAUCAGCGGAAAGGACUUGUGUCUAGAUUUCUUAAUACCCCCCUUGAGCCGAAAGAAAACUGCGAAAGAAAGACCACAAGAACUCCGUUACGAGAACCCACAGCGGAAGAAAUUGACACGAUUCUUCGCCCUUACCGCUGCGAAAAUCUUCGGCGGCACGCUGAUAACAUAUACACGGAUGGAGUAUGUCCCAUGCUUCUACGCACACAUUAUGCCAAAAACGCAGAUGAGAAAAAUCGCCACGACAAAAUGAUGGAGACAUGGAUUAAUGUGAAUCAAUUUGAGGAAGAAGCUUGGUGGGCGGUUCUUGAUGAUGUGAAUUUAUUUGAUUUUGGGUCUGAAUGGCGUCGAAUUUACGAUGUUUUACCAGAGAUUGCAUACCCUGUUGAUUUUAGGAUGGUUAAGGAGGGCGAUCAGAAUAUCUUACGGGAUAACUAUACUGAGCCACAGCAUCACGAGGGGACGCGGGCGUUUUUCAAAAGAGAUAUCGCAAAUGCGAAACAAUAUGACCCUGAAGCUUGGCAUAACGAUCGCGAAUCGGUGAUCGAGGCUAUCGAUACGUUACAGAAGGCCGCUGCAUACACAUAUAUUGUCAUUGCAGAUGAGAAAGCGUUUGAAAGCGGAUGGUUAUGCGUUGUUUAUCUCGACGGUCUUCAAAGAAUCAUUCGCGAGGGUCGUAUUGAUCCUAAUAAUGACGAUAUUGGCAAUGUUGCAGGCUUAUGGGCAAAUUGUUGCGAGCUACUGGGGUCAGAGUUUACAUCAGUCAGUGAGAAGUACCGAAUCAAUGGUGAGAUAGGGAAGGUAUUAUAUCAAUUAACGGAGGAGAAUCUCGCAGACCCUUAA